AUGGGCGUUGAGGAUCGUUUAAAUCGUAAACAGCAGCGACUCGCUGCCCUUAAGGUAUCUUACCAGGAAUUAGAGAAGAAAUUUCAGACGUUGGCUCACGAAUUACAUAUAACUGAGACGCCAGAAAAGAUUAACUUGAAACAUAUUGCUGAUCUAAAGCUUUACAAUGAGCUCCGUGACACUGGGCUUAGACUAGUUCAGAUGGUUGCCGAUGAGAAACAGUGUAAGAUGAAAGACGUGUUUGAGGAAAUCGGUUAUGAGAUGAAAGAUUGA